AUGAACUCCAACAACCAGGGAAACCGACCCAGGAAGUCGAGAAAUUCGGGACCAUCCAACGCAAAUAACAAUGGAAGGUUCGGUCGCGCCCGCGAGCCACGCCCCAGCCAGGACCGGCCGCCGCCGGAGGCCGCCGGCGUGUACGCCGACCCCAAGUACGCGCACGUCUUCACCUCCGUCCUCGGCUGCACCGUCCGGGUGCUCACCAAGUCGCAGGCGCUGUACGAGGGCGUGCUGGAGUCCGUUUCCGAGGACAACUGCUUCGUGCUGGGCCUGGCCAACCCUGUCAGCCGCGAGGACCCCAAGAAGAUCGACCCCAAGGCCAUCCGCGACAAGGUCAUCUUCAAAAGCGACCAGAUCGUCACCAUUCUGGUGGCCAAUGUGGACCUGGAUUACGCCACUAAGACGGGCUUCCAGACAGAUGGCGCCAUCUCUGGCAAGACGAACGGCUCGCUGGCUGCCCGCGAGCUGCAGCCCUGGGUGGAGGACGACAUUCCCAGCGAGCAGCUGGUCUCGCUCGAGGAGGCGAAUGGCUGGGACCCGCGCGAGAUGUUCCGCCUCAACGAGAAGAUGUACGGCGUGCGGUCAACGUUCGACCAGACGCUGGCCGGCUACACGACGCCGCUGGAGCUGACCUCGGAGGAGCAGCUGGAGCGGGCGGCGCGCAUCGCGCACGAGAUCGAGCGCUCCCACCUGACCACGCCCAACUCGGCUGCUACGCCCAAGCAGGACGUGCCCAAGCUGGCAGACUCGCUGGCAAGGUCCAAACUCAACCCGAACGCUAAGGAGUUCACGAUGAAUCCGAACGCGAAGACGUUCACGCCGGUGCCCGUGCCUAAUAUGGGCUACUCGCUGUCGCUGCUCUCGAUGCCGGGCCACCCGGGCCUCAGCUACCUGCCGAUGGGGCCGCAGUCGCUGCCGCUGCCGCACCAGAUGCACCAGGCGCCGCGGCACCAGAAGCAGAGAGCUCUAUCGUGA